AUCCUUUUCUGAACUGUUUGAGCUCUACCGAUUUGUUAAACGUGUUAGCUUCUUUUGAAUUUUAUGCUCUGGUUCCCCUCUAACUUCCUAGAGUAUCACCAUGUCGGUGGCGUUUGCACCUCACAGGCAGCGUGGAAAGGGUGAUAUAACACCCGCUGGAAUACAAAAGUUAUUAGACGAAAACAACCAGCUUAUCCAGUGUAUAAUGGACUUCCAGAGUAAAGGCAAAACAGCAGAAUGUUCACAGUAUCAACAGAUGCUUCACAGAAAUCUAGUGUACCUGGCCACGAUAGCAGACUCCAAUCAGAACAUGCAGUCUCUCCUCCCUGCUCCGCCCACUCAAAACAUGCCCAUGGGCCCUGGUGGGAUGAACCAAAGUGGAGUCCCCCCUCAGCCUCCUCAUGGUCACAAUAUGCCCUCUGAAGGAAUGGUCAGCGGUGGCCCUACAGCCCCUCACAUGCAGAACCAGAUGAAUGGACAGAUGCCUGGGCCCAAUCACAUGCCCAUGCAAGGUCCCGGUCCCAACCAGCCCCCGAACAUACCCAGUGGCUCUAUGAAUAUGCCCCCCAGCGGCCAUGGCUCGAUGGGUGGUUACAACCACACUGUCCCUUCAUCCCAGGGCAUACCAGCCCAGAGCCAAAUGAACAUGACCCAGGGCCAGCCCAUGGGUAACUACGGGCCCCGGCCAAACAUGAACAUGCAGCCCACUCAAGGCCCCAUGAUGCAUCAGCAGCCUCCCUCUCAGCAGUAUAACAUGCCUCCUGGUGGCGGUGGACAGCACUACCAAGGACAGCAGAACCCAAUGGCUAUGAUGGGACAGGUCAAUCAAGGGAACCAUGUCAUGGGGCAGAGGCCAAUGCCUCCCUACAGACCCCCACAGCAAGGACCCCCUCAGCAGUACCCAGGGCAGGAAGACUACUAUGGGGACCAGUACAGUCACGCAGGACAGGGAGCCUCAGAAGGUAGGAAUGGCGUGCUGUUGCCUCUUGAAGGUAAUGCCCAGUAUGGCCAACAGCAGGAAGCCUACCAGCAAGGCCCCCCCCAGCAGCAGGGCUACCCCCCUCAGCAGCAGUACCCAGGGCAGCAGGGCUACCCCCCACAGCAGCAGGGUUACGGUCCUUCCCAAAGUGCCCCAGGACAGUAUCCUAACUAUCCUCAGGGGCAGGGGCAGCAGUAUGGAGGGUACCGCCCCCCCCAGCCUGGACCCCCACAGGGCCAGCAACAACGCCCUUAUGGCUAUGACCAGGGCCAGUAUGGAAAUUACCAGCAAUGAGAGAUGGUCCCAGCAACCCACACCGCUCUGCUCUGAUCUGUCUGAGCUUUGACCUCUGGUCAACUGCAAAGCAGACUCAAAUGAUGGUUGUAGCUCGCUGAGAUUCUCUCUGACAUGAACAUACAACACUCAAAAAUACAAGAUACGUUUUCCCAUCUCUUUGCCUAUAAGAUGUAUUCUUUUUAUCAUGUACAUUGACUUGAUAAUGUCAAAGUCCGCGAUUCACCCUCCGGUCCAGUAUGUCUCAGCAGCAAUGCCUUAAAAAAAUGGAACUGCCUUAUCCUUUAGCAUUGCAGAUUGUGAAACGGACUGACAACAUUUUCGAUAUCAGAGACAAUUGAACAGUUUCAAUCUACUGUGGUGCAUUGUUUCUCUAUCCUUUUAGCUCGAUGUUUAUAAGAAGCAAUAAUGCCAGCAGUAGGGAAAUGUGUGUGGGGGCUUGAAGAUGAAAUAUUGCACCAGAUGAACUUCCCGCUAGGCCAUGGUACGUGUCUUGAUGUAUGUGAUGAUGUAUAAAUAUAUUUUAUGCUUUUUAGAUCAAGCUAACUUUGUAUAAGACAUUGGGAACUAGUACUAAAGCUGUGUUGUUUAUUUCAUGAAGUGUAUGUGUCAAUGUUUUUUUAAUGAUGAUGCCAUCCAGCACAUUUAGUUUUUUUAUGUUGAGUUGUAUUCCUAUUCAAUUGGAUCUGCUGCGUCAGUGACGUGUGCGCUGUAUGAAUUAUUUGUGUAAAAAUGAAACAUUAAAUGACAUGAACAGAAAAUCCGCGAAGGAAAAAUACAAACAUCAUCCCUGGAAUUCGAAAAUGCUUAAUAUCUGGCAGCACAUGGACUUGGUGGAUUCUGUGUUAAGCUGUGUAUUUAAGUCUGAAAACAGUCAAUAUCAAAUGUUGGUCAUGAACAGAUUUUUACUUUGUUCCUCAUACCUGACAGAAUAAAUGCAACAGGCCUUUAUUUGACUAUCAUGCCCUCAUAGGUGAAAUGUAGCAGAUGCCACUGCAAAUUGUAAGUCCAUUCUCUCUGAGCCUUUUCUCUUCAUAAAAGCACCACAAAUAUUUCUGUAAGUACAUUUUGUUUUGUUAGUCUUGCUAAUGCUGGAAUCCCCUUUUCCCUUUGAAUAAACGUCUGAGUUGAUGUCA